CGUUUUAAAAGAAAAAUACUUAACCUUAAAUCGUAUUCGAAAAAUUAUGUCCGUACAAUAAAUAGAAAUAUCUGAGUAAUUACAUGAAGCAACUUUAUAUUUAUCAAAUUACCAGUAAUUAGAGUACAAAAAUUGUUUUUGAAUAAAUAUUCAAAUGACAAGUUCAACAGUAACCUGACUGACGUUUUAUACAAAUAUAAACCAUCUGGGUGAUGUAAUAAAUAUUAAACAACAAUAAUAAAUCAAUAGGACAAUAAUUAAAUUAAAUAUAUUUUAUUUUAAAUAAUGGAAGUAAUGAUCAGAAGGACUUCAGUAAUAAAUAGUUUAUUAAUUAAAUCUUAUUUUAAUUUACGGUCACUGUCAAAUUACCGAGUGUGUGCUUGUUAUAGUAAUUUUAAUAAUUCCAAUCAUGAUACAACAAGGCAUAGGACAUCUAAUAAAAAUUUUUCGUUGAAUUUAUUGACAAAUAUAAACCCUGUUAUAUACAAUAGACAAUUGCUCCAAAAAUUUAGCAAUGCCAGUGUUGAGGAUAAGAAAAAAGAUGAACAAGUUGACACGAGCAAUGAAGGACCAUUGGAAAAAUUUAAGAAACUGAAUGUCUUUCAAAAAAUGAAACAAUUGUUUAAAGACUACUGGUAUAUUAUGGCUCCAGUACAUAUUGCGACGUCAACUGUUUGGGUUGUCAUUUUUUAUGCGGCUGCCAAAAAUGGUGUAGAUGUAAUUCCAAUAAUGGAGUAUUUGAUGAUACCUGAUAAAUAUAUUGACUUAAUAAGAAACUCCGGUGCUGGUCAUUGGGCUGUAGUUUACGCAAUGUAUAAAUUAUGUACUCCAAUAAGAUAUACAGUUACUGUUGGUGGAACGACAAUGGCAAUAAGGUAUCUCGACAAAAUGGGCUAUUUAAAAUUCAAGCGGCCAUCAGCUCAGAAUAUUCGCAGCGUCAUCAAGCAAGUGCAGCAUCGCAUUCAAAAAAAAAACUGACUCAGUUGAUUCCAAAAUUAACAGAAACUGACAAAGAGAAAAUCCGUAAUAAAAUUUAAUUUAUUAUUGCUAUUAAUAUUAUUAAUUGUGUAAUAAUUGAUUAAUUAUUAUAAUAUAAGAAUGUAAGAGUAAGAAAUGAAAUAGAUUGUGAAAAGAAUGACGUAUAAAUGUAAAAAAAAGUUAUUAAUUAAUUAAAUAUGUGAAUAUGUUUAA